CCGCCAUCUCUCGUACGAUCUUGCAAAUAUUGUCAUUUUGACGGCUUUGCCUCUAUCCAUGCACGUGUGAUCGCGUGUUGCACGGAUCGUUCGAUUUUUGGCGCACAACUAGGUAAUUUAUCAAAAGACGAACCAUGCCGUCCGACGCUAAAAAGAAACAGCAGCAGAAAAAGAAAGAAGCUGCCAAGGCCAGACAAUCUGGAAAGAAACCGGCUCAAACAAAUCAGGGGAAAACUGGGGAGGAUGGGAAAGAGGGAAGCCCUGGCUCCGGCGCUCUCCAGAAUGGAACAAAUGGAACUCCCAUUAGUAUCGAAGAGGCACUGUGCAUGAAAUUGGAGGCAGACGCCAGGCUCAACGCAGAAGCGCGUUCUUGUACAGGAUCCUUGGCUUCCCACCCCCGUAGUCGAGACAUAAAGAUAUCUAACUUUUCUAUAACCUUCCACGGCUGUGAACUGCUGCAGGACACCAUGUUAGAAUUGAAUUGCGGUAGACGUUACGGUUUGCUAGGUCUGAACGGAUCCGGGAAGUCUACUUUACUAGCCGUGCUUGGAAACCGCGAAGUUCCUAUUCCUCAACAAAUCGAUAUCUUUCACUUGACUAGAGAAAUGCCUGCUAGCAAUAAAACAGCUUUAGAGUGUGUGAUGGAAGUAGACGAGGAGCGUGUUCGAUUAGAGAAACUAGCGGAGGAAUUAGUAGAAUGCGACGAGGAGGAUGCUCAGGAACAACUCAUGGACGUUUACGAGAGAUUAGAGGACAUGUCAGCUGACACUGCCCAGGCUCGUGCUGCCCACAUCUUGCAUGGAUUGGGUUUCACUGCGAAAAUGCAGAACACAGCCACCAAAGACUUCUCCGGAGGCUGGCGAAUGAGAAUCGCUCUCGCCAGAGCGUUGUACGUGAAACCACAUUUAUUGUUACUCGACGAGCCAACCAAUCAUCUGGAUCUCGACGCCUGCGUGUGGUUGGAAGAAGAAUUGAAGACGUACAAAAGAAUCCUCGUAAUUAUUUCUCACUCGCAAGAUUUCCUCAACGGCAUUUGUACAAAUAUCAUUCACGUGAAUAAGAAGCAAUUGAAAUAUUACACCGGUAACUACGAAGCCUUCGUGAAAACGAGGAUGGAGUUAUUGGAAAAUCAAGCGAAACAAUACAACUGGGAACAGGAUCAAAUCGCGCACAUGAAGAACUAUAUUGCCAGAUUUGGCCACGGUUCCGCCAAGCUGGCGAGACAAGCUCAAUCAAAGGAGAAGACCCUGGCGAAAAUGGUAGCGCAAGGCCUCACUGAGAAAGUUGUCAACGACAAAGUAUUGAACUUCUACUUCCCCUCGUGUGGAACUAUUCCACCCCCUGUUAUAAUGGUUCAGAAUGUCAGCUUUCGUUACAACGAAGACUCGCCUUGGAUCUAUAAGAACCUAGAAUUCGGUAUCGAUUUGGAUACCAGAAUCGCGUUGGUUGGACCAAACGGGGCUGGGAAGAGUACUCUUUUGAAACUGUUGUAUGGAGAUUUAGUUCCAUCGAGUGGCAUGAUACGCAAGAACAGCCAUCUUCGAAUAGCAAGAUACCAUCAGCAUUUACACGAGCUGUUAGACUUGGAUAUAUCACCUCUCGAUUACAUGCUGAAGGCCUUCCCAGAUGUCAAGGAACGCGAGGAGAUGAGGAAGAUAAUUGGUCGUUAUGGAUUGACUGGCCGUCAACAAGUGUGUCCAAUACGACAACUAUCCGAUGGCCAGCGUUGCAGAGUGGUGUUCGCCUGGCUAGCUUGGCAAGUUCCUCACUUGCUCCUUCUCGACGAACCCACGAAUCAUUUAGACAUGGAAACAAUCGACGCCCUGGCGGACGCGAUCAACGAUUUCGACGGGGGAAUGGUGCUCGUGUCCCACGACUUCAGAUUGAUCAAUCAGGUGGCCGAGGAGAUUUGGGUAUGCGAGAAUGGCACUGUCACGAAGUGGAGCGGAAAUAUUUUAAAUUACAAGGAACACCUGAAGAACAAGGUUCUGAACGACAACCAGAAAAGGCAGAAGGAGUUAUUCAGGAGCAAAUAAUGUGAAUAACCGGGGUCGUAUUUCCAUCUGUUCCAUUUCUCUUUCCAGUGUACUUCUCC